AUGGCGCACAUCAUCCACCCAAACAAGCAGAAACUAAUAGAUCGCGCGCGCGAAUUUUUCGCGGAGGUUGAAGAUCUGACUCCCGGUAAAGAACUGGAGGAAAGACUGAACCGCGAUUAUGGACCAGGGAAUCCUUACUACGACGAGUUCUGUACUUUGAUAAGACAAGGUCUGGCCAAUGAGGAAGGUUGGGUCGCUACAGAUGAAAUCGACGGCUCAAAGUAUCGUCGCACUCGGAUUUGUACACCGACCGAAAUGAAUCGCUACUUCAGCAUCACCACAGUAUAUAUGGAGAGCGAAGAAGUGUACCGUGGACAAUAUCACCUUCACCCAUACGGAGAGAUAAAUUGUGUUGUUCAAGUGGAUGAUACAGCCGAAUUAAAGAGGAAUGUCCGGCUGGCAAGGAGCGGGUUGGACAUCACCAGGCCCAGGGACCCAUCACUAUCCGGAAGUCCGCGGGGGCGCCCUCGUGGCUUUAUUUUUCUUGCCAGCAGGUCGUAUUUCGUACAAAAGAGCACAACCAGGGGAUGCACAACCCGUCGCUAUUUAAGCAGCAGCCGGGCUUUUUCGGCCUCGUUGUUCUUUGAUUCCGUGAUAUUCAAGGAGGACGGCCGGGGCGACAUCGCGAUUUCGAUGAGGGUGCUACAGGGCUUAGGACCUAAGCUUUUGUUGUGGGAAGCGGCAGACCCUCCUGGACUCAGCAAAAAUGAGAUCGAUCUGGAUCCUGGCGUGACGCGUAUUGCCAUACCGAAAUUACCUCACGACUUCUACGACACCAAGGGAAAGCCAGUAUAUUUGGGGAACUGUGCUGCGCUUUCCUUUCUCCAAAACAUCCAAGACAUGAUCCAGAACGAAGAAGAUUUAUCGAACCUGACAGCCGAUGUUGCUUCUCUCUCGCGUCUCGAGGAGCUGCCCGCCAGCAUGAGCGAGAACGUGUUAGAUUUUCAAGAUGCAGAUGGCGACGACUUGGAAUCACUGAUAGAUGUGUUUUUCACAUCGCUUGGGCUGUUAGAAUCAGCGCGAGCAUUUUCGAUAAUGAAACGGACAGUAAUUGAAAUAUACACAAAGCAGUCGGUACCUUUGGGUUUGCUUCAGUAUAUUGCGAGAGAGCUAGAGGAAAUGCGUAGCAACGUUCCUGCCGAAAUUCGUCGGCUGGCUUUUCAACAGUCUUCCGACCACUCGUGCCCUCACCAUCAUCAAAACGCCCUCAGAAAUGCCAGUGUUGCCUGCAAUUAUUCUUUCAGCAUGAUGCUACUUACCCGGCCAUUCCUUAUUGCCUGUCUCCGCGGCAAACAUUGUGAGCGGUCGGCGAGCGAUGCAACUGCGAGUGAGCCCGAUUUUAAAGAAUCGCAAACAUACCCAGAUAUCGUUCGAGGCGCUCUGAGUUGUAUUGAAGCCGCCAUCAAAACAGUUCAGUUGCUUCAUGAACUUCUUGUAGCAGGCAUGCUCUUCAAUAAUAUGCCUCUUGUGAUAGCAUGGGUAUUUGUUUCAGCAUUGACGACCUGUGCCGCCUACUUUGGGCAGCUUGGGGACACAAGAGAUUGUGAGCUUGCAAUCCACCGGGCCAGUCAGCUUUUACAACACUUUACGAAGAACAGCCCACAGGCCAAACAGUAUGACAUUAUACUAAAGCAAUUAUCGAAGGCCGCCAUGAUCUUUAAUAAUGGCUUGAAUCAGCGUAGACCUGCUGACAGGAGCAUCAUGAUGUCAGACAUAUUUGGACUCGAUCCGCAAGAUCGACAUGAGAUUGCAGGCACUAAUGAUUUAUCUACUGCUGUUAAUCAGUACACGGAGGACCACGAGAGAACUUUCUCACGCCCGGAAAGUGCUGCGAUGAUUGCCACGUCUCCGCUUGCCGAGCAUGAAGGACAUGACACUGGCUAUUUAGCGAGGAUUCUAGGUUCUCUGCCUUCAAACGACAUUUCAUCCCUGUCUGGGGGCGGGAACAGCACCGGUUACAUCGUUUCCGACGAUCGCUCUACACCCAAUUGUUACGAUUUUGAUGAAUUUGCCGGAACCCAGCCAUCUCUGGACCUUCUAAAUACCGCCAAUUACUCCGGGAAGUCAACGGGAAAGCUUGAUUGGAGGACAUUUAUUGUGUUCGUUGCUCUUCAAUCCGCCGCUCCUUUCGUCGCCCUUCUUCUAUCACCACCAGAAAAGGUACAGCGAGCCGAUGGUAAAAGGGUGAAGACAGCCGAAAGAACUAGUACGGUUCAGGAGGUGAAAGAAGUUUUGAAGGUCCUUACCCGGAAAGACUUCCUCCUCGUCGUUCCGUUCUUCUUCUACGCCACAUUUCUACUCUCCUAUGCCGGAUCAUAUCUAUUUCUUUACUUCAGUGUUCGUGCCCGAGCGCUCGCUUCACUUGUCUCGGCACUUGCACAAAUAACGGCCAAUAUUUUCUUUGGCAGUUUUCUCGACUGGCGACGGUUUACACUAAAUCAAAGGGCACGGUAUUCAUAUAUCUUUAUCAUGGCGCUCUUCGGCGGAACCUGGAUAUGGGGUACAGUUGUUCAACACGGGUAUGAAAUUAAUACACCCGCGCUCGACUGGGUUGAUCAUGGGUUUGGUCGAGGCUGGGCAUUCUAUCUUAUGAUGCAAGUAAACUUUGCUUUGGCAUACAACUACGGAUAUUGGCUCGCGGGCUAUAUUGCCAAGGACCCUGCUGAAAUUGUUCGCUUGACAUCAACUGUCCGUGCUGUCGAAGCUGCUGGGGGAGCUGUUGCAUCUGGAAUUAGCUCAACACAUGCGCCACUUAUUGCCGCAUUGAGUGUUAACUUUGGAUUGUGGGGUCUCGCCGUGAUACCGACAUAUUUUGUCGCUCGAAAGGUUGGCCUUGCCAGGGAGGAAGCCGUUGUUGAGGCAGUGACAAUCCCUUCGGAUUAG